UGUGAACACUAAACGGUUGUUUAUUUGAGAAUGUGUUAAGAUAUUUUAGGGAUGUAAUUUAUUUUAGAUCUUGAAUUUCCCACUGAAUGAAAGAGUCAGGUACCAUGCUGUGAAAGGUCAUCUAACAGCACGCAUUACAUAUAGCUUGGGAACAAUGUCUCACAAUGGUAGAGGCAGGUUCCGCCCUCUAGGGUCAAUAAGGGCCAACCUUAAGUCUGGAGGGAGUGAAAAAAUCCCACACAUCCCGUCGGCUUCCUCGGUCUCCUCAAAAGUUAACCUAGAGAAGGAUAACCAGGGAAUCCUUGGGAACGCCCUGGCAGUGCCGCCUGUAAAAGAAAAGAAAGAGGAGAAAGUGAAAGUACAAUCAGCCAAAUCAGAUUCUGGCUCCAGCACAAAAUCACAGGAAUCUGAGUACAAGAAGGAACUCCAGGAUGCCAAGGCAAGAGAAAAGGAUUUGUUGAAAGAGAUUGCCGAGUUGAAGAAACUGAUUGAGGAGCUGAGGAAGCAGAUCCAAGAGGGAGAGCAGACAAUCACAUCACUGAGAUCUGAUUUAAAAACACAGGAAGAAACGCUCACAGGACAGAUAAACAAAGAGAAAUCGGAACAUGAGGCCACAAAACAGUCCUUACAAGGAGCUCGCUCAGAAAUCGACGAGCUUCGAGCUCAGAUUGAAAAACUCCGCAAGGAAAAUGAAGAACAGAUAGACAGACACAAGAAAGAGCUUGAGGAAAAGAUAUUAGAAAUCACUACCUCUAAAGACAAGGAGAUCAAGAUAAGAGAUGAGAAAUUAACCAGGUUAAAAAACCAGAUGGCAGAUGCCUUAAAGGGGAAUUCCUGGGAGAGACAACAGCAGUUGGAGGAGCUAACAAAGGAGCUGGCCAGGAUACAGGAGGAAUGUGACGCUCUUAGGAUGAAGCUCAAAGCCUCCAAGUCUAAGGGUGGACAUUGUGCAAAUUGCCAGGAUAUGACAGCCAAGCUCGAAAAAUUCAAUGCCUCAAUUAAAGAAAAAGACCAAACAAUUAAAGAACUGAAAUCACUGUGUGCUAGGUUUGAGAAACAGCUGACUCAACAAGACUACCUGUUAAAACAAUGGGCAGAGUCUAAAGGUCACAAGGUCAAAUAAACUUGAAAAUCCAUAUUAAUUAGUAAUACUUUCUGAAGUGUUCAAUUUUGAGUGUCAGUGCAGUGCAAAUGUGGUCAUACUGUUGAAAAUCUUUUAUUUUUCAAUAUCGGAACACUUGGUACUCAUAUUAACAUAUAAAAUAAGUACAUAUGCAAUGUUUUAAUGAUCCUGAAGUAUUAUGUACAAUACUGAUAAGUUUUUCAGCAUUGCCAUAUUAGAAAGAAGUACCAUAUAUACUUGCCUAUAAGUCGCUUUUUUGGGAGUUAAACUUUGGUCCAAAACUCUUUAUCUGACUUAUAUGCGAGUUAUAAAAAGAUUGGUAUUUUAGCGGGUCAAUCCCUCUAAUUUAAGCUUAAAAAGUACAACCUACUUAAAGUGGACCAACUUAUAGGCGAGUAUAUACGGUAUGUCACAUGUACUCCGAUCAGAACUCAGUAUUCCGUCCAGUGAUAACAAAAGUACAUAUUUUACUUGAAUGCAUAAAUCUUUUGUGCUACUGCCAAAUCAAAUGUCCAGUUGUCAACAGAUCAGUAAUUCAUUGGUUAAUAUUUCAAUGAAAUAUACAAUAAUUUUAGGGCAUUUUACUAUGCUCAGUGAUAUUUUGUUUUAUGUGAUGUUAUUAGUUAUAUACCAUUGCCUUAAAUCAGAAUUUGUAUGUACUGUGUACCUGUCUUUCUGUCGAGCUGCCUUUCAUUCUGUCUGUCUGAGGUUUGAGACAGAUAGAUAGGUGUUUCAAUCCUGAAAAUUUUUUGUCACACAGUCAAGAACUGCUGAGGAACCUUAGUGGCACCUCUGUUCCUAUGCCUUAUUUCUCUGAAGCCUUAGUUAUUAUUUUUUGAGAUAUGGAUAACGAUUUAUCAGCUAUUCUAGUCUGCCAGAUAAAUUUGUUUUCAGUAUACAGAUUUGCCAAACCUAGUCAUAUUUGUUGCAAGAGAGAAAAGCCUUAUGCUGAAGUUUGGUUAAUUAAGACUACAUGUAUUUUAAUUGGUCUCCUAAGGAAAGCUGUGAAAGUUGACUUUCCAUUUCACUAGACUGACUUUUUUUUUCAAACAACUUUGCCAAACAUUUCAAAAAAUUGAAAAUUCUGCUUAAAAAAUUUUCAGAUUUUGUUGAAUAACAGUUAAUAUAGGAUUAAUUAAAAAAAAAUAUUCAAAUUAAUUCCUUAUUGUCCUUAGGUACUUACAAAAGAGUAAAAAAAACAACUUAGAUUUGAAAUAAUACAGCAAAUCAGCCAGCAAGAAUUUUUUUUUCCUAUUAUUCAGUGUACUGUCACUUGCUUUUUUGAAAAAAAAUGUGGGAUAUUGAAUAAUCUGUUUAGAUCAUACACACGUAAUUAAUAAAAUUAAUGUUUAAAGUAUUUAAUGCAGACUCAACAUUCAGAAACAAGUGUUGACAUGUUCUUUUCCCUAAACCAGUAUUGUUUAGAGUCUGAUCCAAAUAUAGCACAUUUUAUCUAAUUAUGUUAGAAUUCAGUUCUUAAUCUGUUAAUCCCAUGUCCUUUAAUCCCUUUUAACACCUGUUGUACAUUUGAGAGAGAGGCAGAAAUAAGGAAACUAUAUAACACUGUUUUGAGGGACUGAUUUAUCAGUACUAAUGGUAUCUUCUGCAUUGUAUAUAAUAGUUACUAGACUUUUAUGGUCCAUUCAAUAUUAAAUGCACUUAGAUUAUUCUAGGGCCCUUUGACUGUUUAACUACAUACCAGUUCUUAAUAUUUUAAUAAUGUUUGAAUCAAGUGUAUUCAUUUAUUUAUCUAUUUAUUUUUUAUUUUUUGGUUUCAAUGGGCUUACUAAUGAAGCUCAUUUCAUCAGAAAAUAUUUAAAUCAGGAAGCAGAUAUAUGAUAAUGUAUGAAUGCUAUUUUUUAAAAUUUUUUUUAAAUUCAUUUUGAGGGAGCUGUAUUGCAGUCCUUUACUGUUUAUGUAAGAAUGGCUUCAGUCCCUUGUAUAAGUUAGUGUUUUGUGUUAGUGAUUACAGAUAUUCAUCAUUUGAAGUCCUUUCCCCCUUUGUUUUUACAUUCCUUUUUUAUAUCAGGUAUUUAAGUUUUGUAUUGUAAAAACUACCGCAGAAUAAAUUCUUGUCAAUGAU